GCUGAACGUCUAAAAAUAGCUAUAAGAAAGAAAAUGGCAGAACUGAAGUUACCUGUAACUCGACAAAUCGAGAGCGGGAUUAUUCUGGAGAGUGAAUCUCCUCAGGUCAACGUGGACCUCCGAGACGUGGACGAUUGUUUCAUUUAUGACCGCCACGGAACGGCCAUCCCGUUCAAGAGUUUAUAUCAAGAAAGGAAGUCGAUCAUUAUUUUUGUACGGAAUUUCUUAUGUUACAGCUGCAAAGACUAUGUGGAUGAUCUGAGCAAAAUACCCAAAGAGGUUCUGGAGGAUGCCAACGUUAGUUUAAUUGUCAUUGGUCAGUCUGCUCAUCUUCACAUACAGCCUUUCUGUUCACUGACAGGAUACGCUCAUGAGAUCUACGUGGACCCUGAGAGGCUCAUUUACCACAAGCUAGGGAUGAAACGAGAAGAGAAGUUUACAGUCUCAGCCCAACCAAGUCCUCAUGUGAAGUCUGGUAUCUUAAUGGGCCAAAUGAGGAGUAUAUGGAGAGCCAUGACGAGUCCUGUAUUCGACUUCCAGGGUGAUCUUCAUCAGCAAGGUGGUGCUAUCAUUGCUGGACCAGGCUCUCAAGUGCAUUUCUGCCAUUUUGACAUGAACCAUCUGGACCACAUGCCCAUUAACUGGCUGCUGGAGCUCGCCGGAGUUCAAGGCACUCUGAACUUCAGCAAUAAACCCAAGGUCAUCCAUGUGUAACUGGCUGGCCUGAACCAAAGCGAACCCAUUUGCUUCUACCUUGCAACACAGGACUUUGCGGCACUGUGUGUUGGGAAAAUUUGGGGGGAGGAUACACCAGUGCUCCAAUCCCAAAUUGGCUGCUAAACACCUGAAUAAGUCUGACAUGUCUUAAUAUGAGAUUCAAGAGCAUACAUAUUCAUACAGUACAGUGUUCCCCCUCUACAUGAUAUAUCCGUGUUUAUCAUUUUCACCCCUGCUAUAUCCACAUUGUGGGAUUUAUCUGCAGUUAUUAGCAAUAUUUUCUUAUAAUAUACAGCACUUUUACUGUAACGUGGAAAAAGAAAACCACAGUCUCCGGUGCACUUUCAGCUGUGCACUGAUAACACCAAGAGAACACCCAGACACUCUCGCAUCCCACCAGGCCUCACCUCAUUAUCUAAACACACAGACAGUACAAUAAGUAUUUAUUAUACAUUUUAUGCUGGUAUGUUUUUAUGUUCACAAAUACAUUUGCAAUGUGUUUAAAACGUGUUUUAAUACAUCUAGAUGUGUUUAAAGUGUGUGGGAGGGAUAAAACUAUAAAAUAACUUUA